CUCUUGUGAUGCAGCUGAAGGAGCAGCAGCUGAAGGAGCAGCAGCUGAAGGAGCAGCAGCUGAAGGAGCAGCAGCUGAAGGAGCUGAAGGAGCAGCAGCUGAAGGAGCACAACGAGCUGAAGGAGCAGCAGCUGAAGGAGCAGCAGCUGAAGGAGCAGCAGCUGAAGGAGCAGCAGCUGAAGGAGCAGCAGCUGAAGGAGCAGCAGCUGAAGGAGCAGCAGCUGAAGGAGCA